AUGAAGUCCCUUACUCUCUUGAACCUCGUACUCCUUCUCCCUGAGCUGGUCUCCGCCGCGAUCUGCAACAACAACUGUGGUCGUCAAGUCGCUGGUACAGCAAGGCAGAGCCCUCCCUUUGCCUCCAGGUCCUCUUGGUGUGCAGAAUUUGUAACGACUUACGUCGGUGACGCAUCUGAACCUGAGCCAACGUUUACAGUGGCUGCUGCCGCAGAAGAGCGCAAGAGAUAUGCCCGUGUCCGUCGUCAAGGUUCGCUGGACCCCGUAAUUACGGGCACUAAACCAGCCUACGCAACCUCGUGCCCUGACGUUACCGCCUACUGGUCGGCAUGCCAGUGUAUUGACGGCAUCACGGCCACCACCAUUUCUGGCGGCUCUCAACCCACAUCUGUCAGCAGUGCCUCCGAUGCAUCAACGACUACAUCGGAGGACUCGACCUCCAUUACACUGGAGCCUUCCAGCACCAUCGAGACGUCGAGCACAAGUACCUCGUCUACGGCUAGUCCACCUACCUGCACCCCGGGUCUUGAGUUUGCGAUCUAUGUCAUCAGUCCAAGCUCCAGUCUCUGCAGUGGAGUGUUGUACUCAUCCCAGUCCCAAAACAUGGAUCUAAAGGCACUCCUCGAAGGCCGCUUCCCCGAUGCCACCGGCCUGACACCCGGAUUCGGCAACGUCAGUUUAUUCCGAACCGGCGAUCAGGCUUCUCUUCCCAUUGAACACUACGGCGUUCAGGGCCCAGAGGACUCGACCUUUGAAUGCAAUGUCGUCGACCACCGCGGCUACAUCGAGGUCACCACGCCCGGCAACUACACGGUUAUCAGCCAAGGAAAUGACGAUGUCGUUCUUGUCUGGGUUGGUGACGACGCCGAGUCUGGCGCGGUCAGUGCCAGCAACAGCGACAUCGCGAGUCGAUGCUGCAGCACAGUGCCUGUCCUGCACAGCUUUACGGUCGAGCCAUUCGAUGGGCCGAGCCAGUACAUUCCUUACCGUAUCUUGUACGGCAACGCCGGCGGCCCUGGAGAGUUUGGUGUGAGAGUUGUUAGCGAUGCUGGUUCGUCGCAGAACACAACUGAGCCGCUACUCGUGGCGAGUUGCACUGGGGAAGGAGAUCCUGCUCCUGCAUUCUUGCCUUGGGAAGACGAAAUAUUUUUGGCUUAA